GUAGAGAAUUGUAGAAGCAAAAACGCUGAAUUCGUUGCAGUUGACAAUUGGAAAGUUUAUUGGCAAUAGCAGAAAGGACGGACGGUGGAUUUGUGCAGUAAAAUGUGUUUCUGAUGGAAUGAUCAGCAUCCAUCGAGUCUCAAGCCCGCGGAAGUCCCAACCAAAGCAGCACAUCCGGGUGUGAAGUGAUCCGAGUAGUAAACAAAGGAUUUCGUUGUAAACUGGAGCUGCUUUGAUCUCAUCAGAGUUGUCGUCCGAGCAAAGCCAUCGACAGCAAACGCAACAUUUCCUCCCCAAUAAGGGCAUUCACCGAGGACCGAGAAGGACACCGCAGUGCAAAAUGCCACCGUAUCGAUACCCCACCAACAACUUUACUUACGUCAGUUCCUGCGUAAAGUAUAUGAUAUUUUUACUGAAUUUCAUAUUCUGGCUGUUCGGCGGGCUGCUCAUUGGCAUCGGAUUUUACGCAUUUGUUGACAAAUGGCAGGCCACCGGGUUGAUAAAGCUGGAAACGUUCUACGAUAUUAUGCUGAACCUAUCGCUGGUGAUGAUAAUCGCAGGCGGAAUAGUGUUCGUGGUCAGUCUCGCUGGUUGCCUUGGGGCGCUGCGCGAAAACACCUGCCUGCUAAAGUUCUACUCGCUCUGCCUGUUGAUCUUUUUCCUGUGCGAAAUGGCCAUCGCCAUCACGGCGUUCGUGUUUCCACAUAAGGUGAACGCGGUGCUGGAGGAAUCUUUCACGGACAAAAUCAUCACCACCUACCGGGAUGACCCGGAUCUGCAGAAUCUCAUCGAUUUCGCCCAGCAAGAAUUCCACUGUUGUGGGCUUAGCAACGAAGGCUACCUGGAUUGGGGCAAGAAUGAGUACUUCAACUGUUCGUCGCCGAGUGUGGAAAAGUGCGGUGUACCGUAUAGCUGCUGCAUCAACGCAACGGACAUUAGCUCGGGCCUGGUAAACAUUAUGUGUGGCUACCACAUCCAGCAGCAGUCGGUUGCUGCGGCAAGCAAGAAGAUUUGGACCAACGGCUGCAUCGAGAUAGUGCGCGUGUGGGCCGAACGGAAUCUGUACGUGAUUGCUGGGAUUGCCCUCGGAGCAGCCAUUAGCCAGCUGUUCGUCAUCUACCUGGCCAAAACGUUGGAAGGACAGAUCGAUCUGCAGAAAAGUAGCUGGUCAUAGUGAAUUUACGUUGGUUGGAGCGGCAGCGGUGGUGGAGGAGGCAGACCAGUUUGAUCCACUGAAAUGCAAGGACGUAAGAAAAAAAAGUAAGCGAAGGAAUGAAAAAGAUGAGGCGACCGAGAGCGAGUGAGAGAGAUUAAAAGACGGAAAACUAAGCUUGAACGAGAUACAAUGGUGGUUGCGGAAGAAGUCUGCGCUUUAAGACGAAGUGGCCGUAAACCACCACAUAAUUUCCUUCGUUGUUCGUAGCAUAAGGCAUUGGUGAGAAAUGUGCUCAGUGUGCAUUGCUUAACGUUCGCCGCUUUCAAAUUCCCCUACCAUCUCCACUUGGCUGACUAGAUUGAUCGCGAUGACGUUUUUUUUUGUACUAACAGCAGUAGCUCAGAUGGUUGGCCACUCGUUGCACAUUUCAUUUGAAUUGUGUGAAAAUCGCGUGUGAAUGAUUUUUUUCAAUUUCUACAAUCUUUUUUCAUUAUUUCGCGAAGUUGUCAAAAAGCCAAGGUUAAAUUUCAUCUCAAAGUAAAGGGAACGGGAAUAGCCGUGAUAGCAGAGGUUUCCAGUUACCCUCUUAGAUGAUGAAAUAGUCAAGUCUAAGGCAUUUAUAAAGCCAGUGGUAUUUGCGUCAGACAACAAUAUUUUCACAAACAAACAAUAUCAGUAUAAAUGUGACUCACAUCAUUUCCAUGAUAAGGGUGCAAGUUUUCACUCAACCGCCCUUUUUAAUCACUGCAGCUGUAACUCCCCGGUUGACAAAAAUUGCAGCUGUCAUGUAGUUACAGCAAGUUUUUCCAUGGCAGAUUGCUGGGAGUCUUGCUGGAACUAAAUAGUAGCAGCAAUAAUUUAAAUUUUUGUCAACCGGGUCAUUUUCGAUAGGAUCCUUCGGACAUUCGCGAUCUUACUCGUACACUCAUACUGCAUUCCAUUCCUCAUCCUACAUCCUGCACAACAACGACUGAUAUUUGCACAAAAUGCAGAUAGGACGAUAACUUACGAAGCAACAACUAGGUUUUGGUCGUACGUAGGUGUAAACUAGACUGUUUAUCCAAAACCUUUCACAGCCAGCAAGAAUUUAUGUAGAGUGAAAACUUUGUUUGGGAUAUUUUGUCUUUGGAGAGAUUGGAGGUCGCAAUCGUGUUCAGUCAAGAGUAGAUAUCAUCAAAUCUUACUUUUUAUCUUCAAAGUAACGGGAACCGUGCGGAAGGGAGAAAACAUGGGAAAGGAUGGUUUCCGGUACUUCAAAUCAAAAUGAUUCUCAUUUUCAAUCUCAACACUGUUUGCAAAUACCGAAUCCGAAUAUCCAAGCAUAAAGCGUAGAAGAUCGAAUCAAACAACUCUAUAAAACAAGCAUUUCGUGAUGUUUCUUCCGUAUUAUAAUUAAAACGUAAAUAGAAAAGAAACAGCGUAUCUCAACUGUAUAGUAGAGCUACUCAGUUCACUAGAAAUUAUUGUAAUCAAGUUUUAGAUAAGAGGCACGAAACAUACGCAAACAGACGGAACGAUAUUGCGCUAAUAAAGAAGCACAAGCGCGCCAAUUCUAUGUCAUAUAUUUGUAAAGCUCAAUAGAAUUGUACUGAUUAAGUAUUUCAAGUGAAUAAAGACAAUGGAAAUCGUGU